GAGCCGCCGGGCCUCGGCUUAACGCUGCCCCGCGCUGUAUUGCCCUCUGCGUUGUUAUUUUUACGAAGCGUCCCGUUCGAAGCUGUUGGAGGGGAAGCUGAACGUGAAGUUCUGAUUUCGCAGUGGAUGGUUUGAUAAACUCUGUGCUGCAUCCUGGUGACUCUGUGAUCCAAGUUCAGAAGCUGACUCAGACUCCUGUGCUGUGAAUUGGCAGUGGUGGAGUGAUUCGGAAUGUUGACUUUGAAAGCUCAGGGAAGAAGCAGCAGGGAGAAGGAAGUAACACAGUGUGCCUGAAAAUGACAACGAAGCGGAAUUUGCUGGUGCGGCUGAUGCCAUGCCGCUGCCUGCGUGGAGAGGAAGAAACGGUCACUACACUUGAUUAUUCUCACUGCAGCCUGGAACAGGUGCCUAAGGAGAUUUUCACUUUUGAAAAAACCCUGGAAGAACUCUACUUAGAUGCUAAUCAGAUUGAAGAGCUUCCAAAGCAACUUUUUAACUGUCAGUCGCUGCACAAGCUGAGUUUGCCAGACAAUGAUCUAACCACAUUGCCAGCAUCCAUUGCAAAUCUCAUUAAUCUCAGGGAACUGGAUGUCAGCAAGAAUGGCAUACAGGAGUUUCCAGAAAAUAUAAAAAACUGCAAAGUCUUGACAGUUGUUGAGGCCAGCGUGAAUCCAAUUUCCAAACUUCCAGAUGGAUUUUCCCAGCUGCUAAACCUAACACAGCUGUACCUGAAUGAUGCAUUUCUUGAGUUUUUGCCAGCCAACUUUGGCAGAUUAACUAAACUCCAGAUAUUGGAACUUAGAGAAAACCAGUUAAAAAUAUUGCCAAAAACCAUGUCCAGACUUACCCAGCUGGAAAGACUGGACCUAGGAAGUAAUGAAUUCACAGAAGUGCCUGAAGUGCUUGAGCAACUGAGUGGGUUAAAGGAAUUUUGGAUGGAUGGUAAUAGACUAUCACUUAUCCCAGGAUUCCUAGGCACUUUGAAACAACUGACCUACCUGGAUGUUUCUAAAAACAGCAUUGAAAUUGUUGAAGAAGGUAUUUCAGGUUGUGAAAGCCUACAAGACCUGCUGUUAUCCAGUAAUUCACUUCAGCAACUGCCAGAGACUAUUGGCUCCCUGAAGAAGGUAACAACUCUUAAAAUUGAUGAAAACCAGUUAAUUUAUUUGCCAGACUCCAUAGGAGGGUUAAUAUCAGUAGAAGAACUGGACUGCAGUUUCAAUGAGAUUGAAACAUUGCCUUCAUCUGUUGGGCAGCUAUCUAACAUAAGGACAUUUGCUGCAGACCAUAACUUCUUAACACAGCUGCCACCAGAGAUUGGAAAUUGGAAGCACGUAACGGUAUUGUUUUUGCAUUCAAAUAAGCUUGAGUUUCUCCCAGAAGAAAUGGGUGACAUGCAGAAAUUGAAGGUCAUCAACCUGAGUGACAAUAGGCUGAAGAAUUUGCCGUUUACCUUUACAAAACUGCAGCAGCUCACUGCUAUGUGGCUAUCGGACAAUCAGUCUAAACCACUUAUCCCCCUUCAAAAAGAAGCUGACCCUGACACACAGAAAACUGUGCUUACAAAUUACAUGUUCCCCCAGCAACCAAGGACUGAGGAUGUUAUGUUUAUAUCUGACAAUGAAAGCUUCAAUCCAUCUUUGUGGGAAGAACAGAGGAAACAACGUGCUCAGGUGGCAUUUGAGUGUGAUGAAGACAAAGAUGAGAGAGAGGCACCACCUCGGGAAGGCAAUCUGAAGAGAUAUCCAACUCCAUAUCCUGAUGAGCUGAAGAAUAUGGUCAAAACAGUCCAGACAAUUGUACACAGGCUAAAGGAUGAAGAGUCUACUGAAGAUGUUGCCAAGGAAUCAAAACGAGAAAGCCAGACAGUUUCUGUAAAAGAUGUGGGGGUAAAGACUUCAGAAAUUGUUCCAAUGAAGAAUAAGGCUGAUGAGAGAAAGCAGUAUUCAGCAGGAAGCUCUGUGCAGAAGCCUACUGAACCAGAAGCUGAGCACUGCACUGCAAAUUCGCAGAUGGCUGCACUUGUUAAAACCUUGCAGAACACAAAAACAGUUGUUAACCAUGAAGACACGCUUGAGGAGUCAGAAGAACUCUCCUCUGAUGAAGAGAUGAAAAUGGCAGAAAUGCGACCACCACUGAUAGAAACUUCCAUCAACCAACCAAAAGUGGUAGCUCUUAGCAACAAUAAAAAAGAUGAUUCAAAAGAUGCUGAUUCCUUAUCAGAUGAACCUACCCACAACAGUAAUCAAAAUAACAGCAACUGUUCCUCUCCUUCUCGAAUGUCAGAUUCUGUUUCCUUAAAUACUGAUAGUAGCCAAGAUAUUUCUCUCUGUUCUCCAGACAAAGAAACGCACGCUGCUGUUUUAUCCAAGAUCAGGCGAGAAAAUGAAAAUUUGAAUAAUCUUUUGCAAAACGGAGGUGAAUUGAACAUUACUGCAGAAGAAAACACAAAUGUGCAGGAGAAAGUUACAAAUCUGUCUCAAUAUGAACUGAGCAUUGAAGAAAGAAUAGGUCUGAUAGAAAAAGGUGUGGAUCUGAGUACUCCUACAGAGGAGACUCACAAGUUAGACCAAAUAAACAUGAAUAUCAAUAAACUGGUUAGUGAAGAGGCAGUGCCAGUUCCCACAGAAAGAGUGAAACCACAGGAAGUAGUGUCAGUAAAGGGCUUUAUGAAUAAUAUUAUGAAAGAAGAAGGUGAGCACUUGGAAAAUGGGAAUAAGUAUCCUAUAAAUAAAGUAAAUGGACAUCCUGAGGAAUCAGUACAGUCUCCCAGUAAAGAUGAACUAAUGAGAAGCACUACAGUUGAUGGUGACUCUUCCACUGAGCUGUCUGUUUCACGGAGCACUGAAGAUCUGUCGCCACAGAGAAGUGGAACUGUGAUGAAGUCUCACAGCAUCACCAGUAUGGACCCUGGUGGCCUGAAAGUCUAUGACAUUGUCAGUGAUGGUGUAUCUCCACAGCCAAACUCAGUGGUAAAAUCUUCAUCUGGUAGUGCAGAUGGAAAGAACAUAGUCAGGAGUAAAUCUGCUACUCUUCUGUAUGAUCAGCCUCUGCAGGUUUUUCCUGGGUCAUCAUCAUCAUCUGAUUUAAUAUCAUCUACAAAAACUCCAUUCAAGUUGGACUCAAAUCACAAUCCUGAAGGUGCUAAUGUAGUGAGAGGAUCAGUGACAGGUGGUCCACAGAUGUUUUCUACUCCCCAGUAUAAUAUUCAGUACAGCAGCAGUACAACAGCAAAAGACACCUUGUGGCCCCAGAAACAAAGCACUCAAGUAGAACAGAGCAGCUUACCUCCUUCACGUCUGCUGAGGUCUGAAAGCACAGAAGCACCCAGCUAUGUAAAACAUUCUGCCAAUAUGAAUUUCUCCAAUCACAACAAUGUCCGUGCCACUGCUGCAUAUAGCACUCAUCAGCGAAUGUCUGGUAGACAUAUAGACAUGUGGGCUGUUCCACCAAACGAUAGACUGCUCCCUGGAGCAACAAGGCACACUCUUCAAAGACAGAGCAGUGUAUCCUCUACUGCUUCUGUAAAUGUUGGUGAUGCUGGACCUUCAAGGCGGGCCCAGGUUCCUGAAGGGGAUUAUUUGACAUACAGAGAUUUGCAUUCAAUGGGAAGAGCUCCACCAGUAAUGUCAGGGCAGCAGAGACCUCUUUCUGCCAGGACAUACAGCAUUGAUGGUCCCAAUGUACCUCGACCACAGAGUGCUCGUCCGUCAGUGAAUGAAAUACCAGAAAGAACUAUGUCAGUUAGUGACUUUAAUUACUCUCGGACUAGCCCUUCAAAGAGAUCAAAUCCAAGAGUUAACUCUGAGCACUCUUUGUUAGACCCUACAGGAAAAAGUAAAGUCCCUCAUGACUGGAGGGAACAGGUGCUGCGACAUAUUGAGGCUAAAAAGCUAGAAAAGAGCAUGCUGUCUAGGUCCUUUAAUUCCAAUUAUGCUGCUGUUAGCAGCUUUCACUAUGGCAGCUCUAGGGAUCUGCAUGGCAGCCAGGGUAGUGUUGCCUUGAGUGUUGCAGACGGAAGAGGUUCUGGUGUGCACGUUGUUCGACAUCCCCAGGCUUCAGCUUCAGGAGACCAAUGUCAAGAUGAAGUAUUCAUUUCAGGAAAGCAGAAUUACUCAUCUGCUACGCUUAGUCUCAAAGAUGUCCCUCCAGACAGCAUGAAGAAAAUAGCUGUGCAGAUACCUUUGACAAACGGACAGAUGUGCCAGCCUCAAAGACCUCAGGCAAACUAUAGCCAAGUCCAUCAUCUCCCUCCUCAGUCAUCAGUAGGAAGACAUCCAUCUAGAGAACAGUUAAUUGAUUACUUGAUGUUGAAAGUUGCCCACCAACCUACCUAUACCCAGUCCCAGUGUUCUCCUCGACAAAGCCAUGAACUGGUAAAGCAAGAGAUUCGAGUGAGAAUUGACAAGGAUCCAGAACUUGGAUUUAGUAUAUCAGGAGGAGUUGGUGGUAGAGGAAAUCCAUUCAGACCUGAAGAUGAUGGUAUAUUUGUAACCAGAGUACAGCCUGAAGGACCAGCAUCUAAGUUGUUGCAACCUGGGGAUAAAAUAAUUCAGGCUAAUGGAUACAGCUUCAUAAAUAUUGAUCAUGGACAAGCAGUAUCUUUGCUAAAGACUUUUCAGAACACAGUGGAACUCAUCAUUGUGAGAGAAAUUUCUUCAUAAAUUCUGUGGAUAAUGGGGAUAAAGCCAACAGGAUUCAUUGAAGGACUUUUGGGAAACUGAAUAUUUUGCCUAUUUUUAUACAUGAAAGGAACUUGAAAAGAAUUAUGAUCAAUAUUUGUACAGGAAAUGAAAAACUGAACUUGUGGUUAAAGGGGAAAAAACCACUGUACAGAACAUACAGGAAAUCAUUUUGGAAAUGCAUAUGGUGAAUAAACUUGUUUUUAAGCAUUAUAGCAAUCUAAGGAUCACUCCUCCAAGAACAAACCUGUGUUAUUGUUUUGUACAGAUGGUAGGUUUAUUUUUGGAUAAUUCAUACACAUUACUAAACUUUGUGCGAGGCUUUAAUCAGCCUAGGUUGUAGCCAAUGGACAGAUGGCAGGGCUAUCUGUCCUGUAGCUGUUUAUUGCCUUUAUUUUUAUUCACCAGAUAUUAAUGUGUUAUGCUGAAACCACUCCUAUAGAUGUGGAAAGGGGAUAUUAAAUGUUGGCUUUGAUAUGUGCACACUGUAUAGUUGAAUGGGUAGAUGGAAGGUGGUGCCGGUCGGACAGUACAAAGGUCAGGUGAAUCAACUAUCUGCUAUCUAAAUCUGGAAUCAACAGAGAAGAAAAGGCUUUUAGUUCUGGAGUGUACGUCUACCAAUAGAAGAUGCAAUAAAAGAUUAUGGUGUUUUUUAGGAAGACUGUAAUUACAAAUCUGUGAUACUCUACGGGAUUUGUUCCUAAUGUAGUCACUGAUUACUCAUUUGCCACGUGAUUCAUGUUAAGUUGGGUUUUCUUCAAUACAUACUUUUUUUCAGCUGCACUGUGGAAAUGUGCCCAGAGAUUUUUUCUUUGCGAUGGAGAUCUCCAAUUCUGUGGAAAUGGUGGUACCUUUGUCUUUAUAAAAUAAAGUACUCCGUUUUAACCUUUCAGUUUUUUAAAAUGAAACCGAAAUGGCCAGUUUUUAAGAUUGUUGCCUGUAAUAUAUAUUUAAACACACUCAAAACAGAUGAUGCAGGAAGGGUUAUGAAAGUCAUCUUGAUUUUGUUUGGCCUUUGCAUUGCCUUGUUAAUCAAAAAGGAGACCAUACGCAUGGAGAGCUAGGUAACCAAAGCAAGUUUGUGAACCUUUGAACAGUGAUGGAGAAUUGCUGUGAUGAGAUGGUGUAUGGGAAAUGGGUAAUCAUCAUUGGUGUCGGGUCAGCUGUGGGAGCACAGGUGAGAGUGAUUUACCUGUGCUCCUGGAAGGGGUGGAGCUUGACUCCACCUCCUCUAGACCUCAUUUAAGGGCUGACCACCACUAAGGCAGCAUCUUUUGGAGAUCGCUCCUCGGUGGAGAUUGCCUCAGCAUUUCCCAGCAGACUGAAGGCUUCCAUACGGGUGAGUUUUCCCUGUAAAUAACCUUUCGGGUAUUUACUACCAUCUUUACGUUAUUGUCACCGUACAGAUGGAGAGCAAAGGGAGGGUAUACUUACAACCAGCCAGUUUGUAAUGAUGUUUCUUAAAGGGCUGUUCCUACAGGUAACAUUAAAUGUGAACUAGACACUUCAGAGUCAUUAAAGGGUUUCUAACUUUAUUAAUGUAAUAGUGAUUUACCACAGGCUGCCUUUGUUCCUUAUUACUGUGUAAAAUAUUCAAUUAUGCUUGUAUUAAUUUUGUUUACCAGAAACAUUAACUUUAUUUUUCUCUUUCUCCUUUGUAAUUCAAUAAAGACUGUGCAAUCUGCAGUGUUAAUUAAUACACGGUUGUUAUGGACCAGGGAAAAGUGCCAUAGAAGACCAGUAACUGUUUUUAAUCAAGGCUAAUGAUUAGCCUGUCAUUGGAGCAAUAUUCAGUUAUUGCAGUUCAUUUUUACUUACAUACAAGUUGAUUGUUUGAAACAAGUAGAAAUUGCUUUCUUUUCAACCCAUGUGUACAAAAAUAAAUGCAUUUAAUAAAGCUAGCAACGACACCAGCCUCCUUUAGUUCUGGGGAAAUCAACUGUGAGAGAGGAAUUAUACAUAGCUGGCAGUAAUAAACAGGCAGUACUUUUAAAGUAAGUGAACUUCAAUAUUAUUGCACUUCUUUCAGAGAUGUUAACUGUUCCUUAUUGUACUGUGUAUAGUUCUAAUAAUGUUAAUUGAAACCCUUUAACAACUCCUUGUAUAUUUUAAUUCUUUUUAGUUUAUUUUCAGUGAUAUUUACAUAGGAAAUUUUUUUUUUGUUUUGUUUUUAUAUAUUAGCAGAAAUGUGCUGUAUUUUGAUAAAAAUUCACUUAUUUUCUGUGUUCACUUAUUUUCUGUGUGCUCUUAAUCUUCAAAGAAAAGAAAGAAACGUAGUUUAUCAUCAUGGCAGUCUUCAUUGUUCCCCUUCUGAGAUUCGUUUGGUAGUUUAGUUUCCAUUUUUUUAAUUGAAAAAGCAAAAUGUUCACAUCACACGUUCAUUAAUUUCAGUCAUUUUAUUUUGAUCACACACUGCCUUUUAAAGGGAAAAAAAAAAAACCAACAGACAGACACAUUCUGAAUUGGUCUUCUAUGUAACCUGUAUCUUUGGGAAGGGAAAGGUCCAAAAGGCAGAACUGAUUCUUUACUGAUCUUGGGCCACCUCCAUAUACAUUUUUACAGUACAUUUAAUUAUAUCACUGAGGAAUUAUACUGUGUUGUAUUUUACUUUAAUGUUAAGAGGAGUUUUAAAUUGUAUUGUGUUACUUAAUUUUCAGAUUGACUUAUCAAGAGACAAAACUGCUUGGCUAUGAUAGAAUCGUAGAAACAGAGUUUUAUGGGAGAGGUUUAGUACCUUUCGUGGGAACAUUUGGCCAAAGUUUGUCUACAGUAAAUUAGCAAAUUAACCAUCAAAUAAAACGUGGAUGUACUGACUUUA